GCGGGUCCAAGUCGACCAACACUACGCGCCAGAAGACCCGCGGUGGGCACGCUUACUUCAAGAGCAUGCGCAGAGGCAGCCGCGGCUACGGGCACGCGCUGAUGAUGCGGCUGGCGGAGAGGCUGGUGACCGAUCGCGGCGACGGGCACGCGAAGAGCUAG